GGGGCGGGGCGAGCGGCGGGCGGCACUGGGCCAGCCAAGUUGGAGCGCGCCCCGCCCGGCGCCCUCCCCGUCCCCGCGCCCUGGCGGCCGGGGCGCGCCACCCGCAGCUCCACGCGCGCCGGGGCCGCACUGGGGAGGGCGCGCGGCCGGGCGGCGACCGGAGAGGAGCUCAGGGCGGCGGAGGUGAUGACGGCGGCGGCAUGGAGUUCCCUGAGCACGGCGGACGGCUGCUGGGCCGCCUGAGGCAGCAGCGCGAGCUGGGCUUCCUGUGCGACUGCACCGUGCUGGUGGGCGACGCGCGCUUCCCGGCCCACCGUGCCGUGCUGGCCGCGUGCAGCGUCUACUUCCAUCUUUUCUACAGGGACCGGCCCGCGGGUAGUCGCGACACGGUGCGGCUUAACGGCGACAUCGUCACGGCGCCCGCCUUCGGCCGCCUACUGGACUUCAUGUACGAGGGCCGCCUGGACUUGCGCAGCCUGCCUGUCGAGGACGUCCUGGCGGCCGCCAGCUACCUGCACAUGUAUGACAUCGUCAAGGUCUGCAGGGGCAGGCUCCGGGAGAAAGACCGAAGGCUGGACCCGGGGAACCCUGCCCCUGGGGCAGAGCGUGCUCAGCCACCGUGCACCUGGCCUGUCUGGACCGCUGACCUCUGCCCAGCUGCCCAGAAGGCCAAGCUCCCCCCAGUUGGGGUCAAGGCUGCCCUCCCUCCUCGAGCAUCUGGGCCUCCUUCCUGCCAGGUCCCAGAAGAGUCAGACCAGGCCCUGGACCUAUCACUGAAGCCUGGCCCAAGGCAGGAGCGGGUCCACCCACCCUGCAUCUUCCAGGCACCCCUCUGCGGCCGGAUGCAGCCAGGGGUCCAGCCACUGGUGAAGGAUGAGCGGGACUCAUUGUCGGAACAGGAAAAUAGCAGCAGCUCUAGGAGCCCCCAUAGCCCCCCGAAGUCACCUCCUGUUCCCGCAGCCAAGGACCUGGUGGUGGGCUUGCGGCCGCUGCCUGUCAGCGGGGAUGGCAGCCGGGAGCUGGAGCUGGAUCUGGAUGCAGGGCGGGUGGCAAGUGAGGACGAGCUGGGGCCUGGCGGGCCCCUCUGCAUCUGCCCGCUGUGCAGCAAGCUGUUCCCCAGCUCCCACACGCUGCAGCUGCACCUUAGCGCCCACUUCCGUGAGCGGGACAGCACACGAACCCGGCUCUCCCCGGACGGCACGGCACCCACCUGCCCGCUCUGCGGGAAGACCUUCUCGUGCACAUACACGCUGAAGAGGCAUGAGCGCACACACUCGGGUGAGAAGCCCUACACGUGUGUGCAGUGUGGCAAAAGUUUUCAGUACUCCCACAACCUCAGCCGGCACGCCGUCGUGCACACUCGCGAGAAGCCGCAUGCCUGCCGGUGGUGUGAGCGCCGUUUCACGCAGUCUGGGGACCUGUACCGCCACGUCCGCAAGUUUCACUGUGGCUUCAUCAAGUCCCUUCUGGUGUGAUGCCUCCCUGCGGAUCCUGAGGGUGCGGUGGAAGGGAAGGGAUGGGGCCCUCCCAGGUGGGACAACAGCAUGGGGUGUGAAGCCUGGCCAGGUGGAAGUCCCAGCUCAGGCUGGAUGGCUCAACCCGCCCGGCAGAGAGCAUGCUGCCACUUCCUGGAACUUGGCCUUAGACUCGGGUGACUUGGGCAGCCCUCUUCCCACCUUGCCUCUCCUUCCCCCUCACUCCCCAGCUCAUUCCAGCCCCCAGGCUUCCUCUCCCGUCCCCUCCAGCCAAGUUCUGAGGGGGUGUCCAACCAGCACCUGGCCCUGCCCUGGUUUCUCCGUGUGAGAUGGCACACCCACCUCCCAUCCAGAACUUUCCUGACCACCUCUCUGGCAGGCUUCUUGAGCCUGGCCCCUCACUAGGUGAAUUAUUCACAUGUCAGAAAAGUUGCUGUGUGUCCUGAUGGGGUGCUGGGAGGAAACAGGACACUCCUGGGGGGAAGCAGCAGGAACCCCUGCCAAGAAGGCCUGGGGCACACUGAUUGCCAGCAGGGGCCAUCUGGUCACAGCUGGUGUCUUGGGGGGUGGGGUGCAGCCCCAGCAGGGAUCCUAAGGCAGCAGGGGUAGCCAGCUAGAAGCUGAGUGGCUUUGGCGUCAUUAUCUCUCGGGUGGGACGUGAGUCCAUGAGAGCAUGCAAUCAUGACUACACUGUAACUUUGGUCAGAGAGUGGGAAUUUCGAACUGGAUUAUCUUUUUUGCUUUUUCUUUCCUUUUUUUUUUUUUUUUUUUUUUUUUUUUUUUUUUUUUUUU